UUUAUACGCUCGAUCUUUCCGCGGCGCCGGGUUGCCGGUCGAUCUUGCCCAUUCACUCAUUGCGAGCGGAGCACCGCUCAACGACGCUGGUCGUCAUCUGCGUGGAGAGGGAUCUUAAAGGGCGGAAGGACAGGAACGUGUGCCUCGAGGGACGGUUGGUAACCAAGCGGGCACCAUGAACAAGGUGCAUCUGGCCUACGUGGUCUCUGACGGCCUCUUCGUGCUCAUGGGCAUCUUCAUCCUUGCCUUCUCCGUCAUUGUCGGCAACAUCAGGGACGAAGUACCAACCGAUGGGCAACAAGCGGCAAGGAACCUCUUAUACCAAGGGUUUCCGUUGACAGCGGGCAUCGUCAACGCCGUCUUCAUCUUCGUCACCUUUAUAAUUACAUUACCCGGCCUUGCGACGGCGUCUCGCGGCUGGCUCAAAGUUGCGGGCUACAUGGCUGUAUUCUGUGCUAUAUUCUCCAUGGCUCUAGGCCUCGAUCUAUGGCUAUCGACACUGAGGAUCAGGGAAGAAUUCGCGCCCCUUUUUUCGGCUCAGUCGGAAGAUGUCAGGAGCUUGAUGCAGACAGCCUUCCAAUGCUGCGGCUACUUCAACAGCACAAGUCCGGCGUUCGCCACUGACGCCACUUGUCCCAGCAAGGCAGCCGCCGCCGUUAUGCGCGGAUGUGCGGCCCCCAUCACUGCCUUCUCCGGCGUCUUCCUCGACAACAUCUUCACCAGCCUGUUUGGCGUGGUCGGGUUUGAUGUCGUCUUCAUCAUGGCCACUGCCUGUCUGCUCAAGGAUCGCAAGGAGCGGGAGCGGUUCCGUCACAUUGACGAGAAGAACGGCUUCGGGACAAUCUAGGUGCCUGGUCUGCCACCAGUGAUCAGGGUAGGGGAUGGUGUCUGGUGAUCACUGUGAAUAUCACAGAGAGAGCGUUGAGCUGGCCAGAAAGUACCGAUUGGUUUUGGUCCCGUUGCAUACAUUCACUUGAAAACGGGCGUGGGUUCUUUGACGGGACGUUACAUCGACUAUUGACGGACCGGACCGCUUUGGCAGAUUUGUAGCCAUCUUUGUUACAUAUCUUGAUAUAGACUCUAGCCUGUUGUAUUUGACAUCUUUCCCA